AUGAUUCAUUCAUUGAGUUUCUCAGAUAGUAAAAAUGCAAAACUCCCCAGAUUAUACUUGUUAAAAUGUCAACAUUAUUCAAAGAUUCAUCCAUUAUUUUCAUAUGUGUGUGGGAUGUAUUGUGUUCAAGUAGCCUUGACAUUACUUGAAACUGAUUCAAUUGAAACCACCAUAUCACAAUUAAUCGAAUACCUUGAAAGAGUGAAGAAAAACCUAAAGGUAUUGGAUGGUGAAGGUGGGGGUAGCUUCCAAAUAAGGAAAGCAAUGUGCACGGUUCUUGAUAAAAAGUAUAAACAUUUAACAUCGAUUUUACAACAAACUACUGAUUCAGGUAGUAUUAAUUUUGGACAAAUUGUGGAACUAUUACUCGAGUUAGCCCUUUUGUAUGAUGUUACAAGAGGACUAUACCCAUUAGAGGAAUUCAAAGAUGAACAAGAAAAGGGAAAAUUGUCUGAUAUUAUCUCAGAUAUGGAGAUUGAGUAUAGGAUACAUUAUUGUAGAACACAAUCUUCAACCAUUUUAUCCGUAAUUAAGCUGGGACAAAAUAUUGCAGACUAUAUGGAUCAGUUGAGUUUGGUUCCAACAUCUGAAGAUGAUAAUGAUGAAGGAGCUGAAGGGAUCAGUAAAGAAGCUGUGAACGACAUGAUUAAACAUGUUAUGAGUUUGCCUGAUGAAGCAUUUGAUGAAAUUGACCAUCAGGAAGAAGAGCAUGAAGGUAUAGCUGAUGAUGAUAUCACUGAUAUUGAAGGAGAUAAUACUGAAGAAGAGGAAGGAGAAAAAGUACUAAAAUCAAACACCAGUAAAUUGAAGCUGGCUCUUCAAUUACCUAACGUCCCCAAGGAGAAUGAGUUAGGUAUAAAAAGCUCCUUGGAAGAUAAUGAUGUUAAAGACACUGGAACUGAUGAUAAUAUGGGAGCAAGGGAUUCCCCAUUACCAAGCGUCAAUAAUCAUAAAGUUGAAAACAAUACUAAUAAUAAAAAUAUACCACGUUUUCAACAUAAGACGCCUCGAGACUAUACUAAAGAGGAACUCAGUAAGCUUUUAGAAGACGGUGAACUUCUUGAAUCAGCUGCCAAAGAUGCAAAAUAUGCCGUAUCUGCUUUGAACUACGAGGAUUGUGAUACAGCAUUAAGCAAGUUGGAAGAUGCAAUUAGACUUAUUAAAGAGUAUCAAUUAAGGACCUCCAAAUAG